GGUUCCUAGAGUAAACGGUGUCGGUUACGAAACGUUUUACAACGGAAUCCGAUUAAUAAAUACACCCCAGAAUCCAUGACGAUGACUAACCACGAAAAGGCAGUAUGACAUCACCAACCCUGCCUUUACUUGCCAGGAAUCAUUUGCUAGUUGUUGUUACUCACACAAAGGGAAGCUGCUUCGAAUACUGUAUAAUUUCAUCAAAGGAACAAAAACUACUAUAGAUCGCUCAGUUAUUUGCAAUCGCGGAGAAACACAAAACAAUUGUGUCCGAGUUUCCGUCUGAAACGAUGUCUUUCAUCCCAGGACAACCAGUUACUGCUGUUGUGCAACGAAUUGAAAUCUGCAAACUUCGCCAGGGUGAACAUUUGAUCCUGGGUUUCAGCAUUGGAGGGGGAAUAGACCAAGACCCUGGUCAGAACCCCUUCUCUGAAGACAAGUCCGACAAGGGCAUCUAUGUGACACGGGUGACACCAGGGGGACCAGCAGAAGUUGCGGGCUUGAUGAUGGGAGACAAAGUAAUGCAGGUAAAUGGAUGGGAUAUGACCAUGGUGACACACGACCAGGCACGCAAACGGCUGACGAAGAAGAAUGAAGACAUUGUGCGGCUACUGGUGACCAGGAAAUCGCUGGAGCAGGCUGUCAGACAUUCUAUGAUGUAAUGACUCAAACGCUAGUCUUUUAGUGCAGACAGAGUUUGCUAUCAGACGUGAGACAAUGCCAGUGACCGAGAGCAUAGUAUUUCAAAUCUUUUAUCACAUACUGUAAGUUUGGGGUGAAUUCCACAUCAAUUCUGUCAAUUCAGGAGAUGUAAUGAAAUUGAAAAGUGCAAUUUAUUUCAUGAAGGAUUCCUGAGUUGAAUUGCAAAGGAAUUGAUUAUGGCUGUACUCACAUAUUCCCAAACAGGGUACACUCCAUUUAUACCAUGUCUCUACAAUUCAUCAGUGUGAUUCUAGUUAUUGGGAUCAUUAACGCCUUUAACUAGCUGACUUGUGUAUUACUUUUUCAGUUAUUAGUACAUUUCAUGAUCUCAGUCAUAAUUUGAUUUAAUCUACAUUUUAUAUCUAUGUUUUCGAGUCCAUGUCUGUACAAGCCAAAAGAAAACAUUUUU